CUUCAGGUGGUUUUCACUAUCUCCUUCUCUGGUCCUUUGCAGUUUGCAGCUGGUUUCCAAUUUCUUUUCUGUUUGCUGGGUUGAAAUUAAGCUUGGUAGUGUUUCUGGUGGUGUUUUCAUUGCUCUACCUACCACUGACCAGAUCAGGUUGCCAUAUUAAUUUCUUCACUUUCUGGGGAAAUGGUACAUCAACGCCAACGCCCAGAAGCGAGUGGUGCUUUCAACGGGGGACAAGCCCCCCAGAUCCUUCGCCUAACCACUCAAAAAACAGAACACAGGGGGCUUGAAGUGCAUGAACAGUCCAAGAAUACUUUUCUUUUUAUCCUUUCGAAUGCACCUGAGAAAGACAGAAUCUUUAGAGAGUCUCCCUGGUUUGUCAAAGGGUCCCAUAUUGUCCUCAAAGAUUGGACGACGACCCAGCGUUUUGAUGAAAUUGUGUUUUCUCACUCAGAAUUCUGGGUACAAGUUCAUGGCCUCCCAAAAGGUUGCAUGUCUAGGGAAAACAUCCAACUCAUCGGAUCAUUAUUUCCCCGCUUAAUCUCAUGGGACCAAUCUACCCUGGGUGGCCUGGAAAGCUUCUUACGCUUACGGGUUGAAAUUGAUGUUCGAAAUCCUCUUCCCACAGGUUUCCAAUUCCAACAACAGGGAGAUGAAAUUUGGCCUGUUGAGUUUAAAUAUGAGAAACUUGCUGAUUUCUGUUAUAGUUGCGGUCGGUUGGGCCAUACCAACAAAUCAUGUGCUGCUUUCAACUGGACGGAGAAUGACGGUAAUCCUCCCAUUCAAGUCCGGCCGCAAUAUGGGCCACAGUUGAGGGUUGCAGCGUUUUCGCCUAAAAGGCAAUUUGGCUCCAUUCGGGAAGGGAACACCUCUCACCAACAUCCCCAUGCUAACCUAUUACACAAAGCCAUAAACAAGUCUGAGACUGGAUGUUCUUUAUCGCCGACACACUCGGCUCAACAGAACAUAGUGGUGAAUGAAGCAAAACCCUCUGAACUGGGACGUGUGGAACAACAAGAGGAGGAGCGCGUGAACUCAUCUACCCUUCCGUUGUCACCUCCAGCUUUUAAUGAGAUGGAGAUGCAGUCAUAUAGGGGUAUGAUUGCCACUCUUGAUAUUAGUGCAGAGUCCUCAUCUUUGUCAUCUGCCACACACCAGCAAACACCUCCUCCAUUAAAUGCGAUGAUGACCUCUCUGCAGUUUUCAACUUUAGAUAAACAUCUACACAUCCCACCUGACAUCCAAGAUCAGGCCAUUGGACGUGUAGAAGACUGUUGCAGUGCGGAAUUGGGCUUAUUACUGUCCCAAAAGAUUGAAGCCCAGCUCUCAUUGGGUAGUAACAUUUCAACUGGGAAAAAACGAAGAUGUGACACUGGGCCUUCUGUUGAAGCAGUGAAGCGGGCCUGCAUUGCACACAAUGAACUCCUUGGGCUGCAAUACUCCCCAAUCCCACUACAAGACUCCAUAGCAUUGGGAAGGCUCGAAUCUUAUCAACAGGAACAAAAAGGUGAAGUCAUAGCUGUUGCAGAGUCCUUCUCAGUCCAUCGGGUGAGGCGCAAAAUCCAACUGAAGGCAAUGGCCCGCCAAGUCAAGCUCCAACCAGCUCCUUGCUUGUCAUUGUUCCAACAGCUCCAUCCAACUCACAGCCUACUCAAUGAACCCCCUGUUACCCCCCUGAUCUCUACUACAACUCAUGCUCCAGUGGCAGCCACCUUCACCGACAUGAAGAUUCUUUCUUGGAAUUGUCAGGGCCUUGGGCAAGCCUUGACGAGAAGGGCGCUUAAUGACCUCAUAUUUAAACAUCGCCCGUGCUUGGUGUUUUUGAUGGAGACCAAAAAGAACAAGAAAUACCUGGAGCGGUUAAGAAGAAAAUAUGCAUUUUCUAGUGGUGUGUAUGUUGAACCGCAAGGUUAUUCAGGGGGUUUAGCCUUGUGGUGGACUGAGGAUGUUCAGAUUUCCAUUUUCUCCUCUGAUAAAAAUAUGCUGGAUGGCAGCUGUUCAGAUGUUGAGUACUCUGUCACUUGGCAUUUUUCAUUUGUCUAUGGGGAACCUAAUGCACAGUUACGACAAGUUAUGUGGAGCAGGAUGAUGAACCAUAGACGGCCUAGCUCUAUUCCAUGGCUUGUAAUGGGAGAUUUAAACCUUAUUGGAAAUAGUAGUGACAAGAAGGGGAAAAGACCUCCGUCCAGGAUUGAUAGAAGAUUAUAUGAGGACUUGAUCUGCUCUUGCUCCUUAAGAGAUGUUGCUUAUAAAGGCGCUACAUAUACAUGGGUCCGAGGCAAUAUUAGUGAACGACUUGAUCGGGCACUAUGUAAUGACGGUUGGGGUCGUCUCUUCCCACAUGCUCAGCUGUUCCACUGCACAAGGAUCGGCUCAGACCACUGUCCUCUAGUACUCUGCUUAAAAGCUAUUCCUAGCAUCACGAAGAAGCAAUUCAAAUAUGAGAUGAAAUGGCAACUCCAAACUGGAUAUGAGGAAGCAGUGGCGCAAGGAUGGUCGACCAACCGAGUCGGAUCUCCCCUGUAUAAUAUGGCAGCAAAAAUCUCCCAUUGUAGACAGUCCCUGAAGGAAUGGAGCAAAGCUACCUCAGGAAAUCCAUAUCAACAAUUGGAGCAAUUACAACAAGAACUGGAUGCACUACAACAAGAGGAACAAACAGAAUUGAAUUGGUCGAGGCAGAAGCUUUUAAUUGACAGAAUUCACACUAUCUGGAUGCAAGAGGAAGCAUACUGGUUUCAGAGAGCUCGUAUGAACUGGAUCAAAUUUGGUGAUAGGAAUUCUAAAUUUUUCCAUGUGAUUGCAUCUAAAAGGAGGCAGAACAAUUACAUCUUUCAACUCAAGGAUGAGCAUGGGCAAUGGCUGGAAGACACUGAAUCCAUCAUCUCCCAUACUUAUUCCCACUUCCAACAAGCUUAUGCUUCCUCGAACACUUGUAAUCUUGAGCAGAUUUCAAGGCUUAUCCACCCGGCUGUCACGGCAGAAAUGAAUCAUGAAUUGUGUCGUUCUGUCUCGGAUGAUGAAAUUCGUUCUGCGGUGUUCCAAUUAGGUGCUUUCAGGGCGCCUGGAGUGGAUGGGUUCCCAGGGUGCUUCUAUCAACAACACUGGGGCAUUGUAGGACCAGAUGUUUACAAGGCUAUUCGACACUUCUUUGAACAUGGUUUUAUGCUCCGAGAAAUGAAUAGAACUAAAAUUGUCCUCAUUCCAAAAAUUAAAGCCCCUGAGCUUAAGAAAUCUGGUAAGCAUGGUGUUUUGGCUUUGAAAUUAGAUAUUCGGAAGGCAUAUGAUAGUGUGGAUUGGCACAGUUUGGAACAUAUUUUGAGGGCUCAUGGCUUUUGUGAGCAAUGGAUCCAUAUGGUAAUGCAAUGUGUCUCGACGGUAUCAUACACAGUUGGAAUUAAUGGCUAUCAAACCCCUAAUUUUGUUCCCCAAAGAGGACUCCGGCAAGGAGAUCCGCUAUCCCCGUACCUCUAUCUCUUUAUUGCUGAUCUCUUAUCUCGUCUAUUGAUGGCAGCAACAACAGAAAAGAAGAUCUCUGGUUACAAGAUACGGAGGAGGAGCCCUACAAUCAGUCACCUCUUGUUUGCUGAUGAUUCCUUGGUGUUCUGUCGAGCCACAACCGAGGAAGUGAAUCAUUUACAAACUAUCUUGCAACUCUACGGGGAUAUUACUGGACAGAGGGUUAACUACUCCAAGUCUGCUGCAGUUUUUAGUCCCAAUACCCCUAAGGAAGUCCGGGAAUCCAUUUGUGAGCACCUGGGUAUUCGACUUGAAUCUGCUGUCUCCAAAUACCUUGGAUUACCAACUUCUUGGGGAAGGUCUAAAAAAGAUAGCCUCAAAUUUGUGGUUGCCAAAAUUCAACAGAAACUGGCUCAUUGGAAAAAAAACUUGCUUUCCCAAGCGGGCCGCGAGGUCUUGAUUAAAGCAGUUGCUAUGACCAUUCCUACCUUCACAAUGUCCUGUUUUUUGUUUCCUAUGGGUGUUUGCAGAGAAAUCAAUCGACUUAUUAAGGACUUUUGGUGGGGACAGCAAACGAAUGAGAGGAAAGUCUGCUGGGUAGGUUGGGAUCGGCUCACUCAAAGCAAACAUGUUGGAGGUAUGGGCUUUAAAGACCUCUAUUACUUUAAUUUAGCCAUGGUAGCCCGCCAAGCUUGGAGGAUGUUACAGAACCCCAAUGCCUUAUGGGCCCGUGUGCUUAAAAGCAUAUACUUUCCAGGCUCUUCCUUUUUUGAUGCUAGGAAAGGUAGUCAUCCGUCAUGGGCAUGGUCGAGUAUUUUGCAAGGCAGGAACCUUGUCCAACUCGGAGCAAGAUGGAAUGUUGGAAAUGGCCAGGACAUUUUGAUCUAUCAAGAUAAAUGGGUGCCCACCCUUCCUGAUUUUAAGGUAACCUCCCUCUCGAUCACCAACUCAUUACUGUCUCAUGUUUGUGAACUGAUUGAUCAUGAGGGGGAGUGGGAUAUUCCCAAGCUUAAUACAUGUUUCAACAUGGAGGAGUGUCGGGAAAUCCAAAAAAUUCCUAUUGGAGUAUGGUCUGACUCCUUUAUUUGGCAUUAUGAUAGAUAUGGAAAUUUUUCUGUUAAAAGUGCCUAUCUCCUUGCAAUUCAUGCUGCUAAUGAAACUGAUAGGACUCAUGGUAAUUUGAUCCUUUCAUCUGCUGAAUGGAAACAUAUAUGGAAAAUACAAGUGCCUCCUAAGGUGCGUGUUUUCUUAUGGAGAGCUCUUCUUAACUCCCUGCCUUCAAUGGAUAAUUUGAUGCGGAGGGGAAUUGCACAUGAGGCAUUAUGUCCCCUCUGUCAUUUAACUGAUGAAUCAAUCAUGCAUUUGCUCUUUUAUUGCCCUCAUGUGGAACCAAUUUGGUUUGGUUCAGCCUUGGGUCUUGACCCACGGCAGCUGGGGGUGGGUAAUCUUGUGGAAUGGUGGAGGUAUAUCAAGCGGGUAGCUAGACAAAUGCACUUUCCUUCCUUACCGGAUUACUGUGCUGUUGUUUGCUGGAAUAUAUGGAAAGCCAGAAAUGAGAAAUAUUUUGAUCAGGCUGAAAUCCCUCCUAGCCAGGUUCUUACUUGUAUUUCUCACAUGCUUCAGGAAUUAUCUCUGGACCACCAGGACUUAUUGGAACCCCCAUCCAAGUCCCAACCACCUGCACAACUGGGUAAAUCUUCCUGGUCUAGGCCUCCAUGCGGCAUUAUCAAGGUCAAUGUUGAUGCCUCAUUCUCACCAAGUUCGGGGGUAGCAGCUUUGGCCAUGGUUGGACGUAACUCGAACGGCGAAAUCACUUUUGGAAGGACGUGGCGUUACUCAGCGUCAACCCCACUUUCAGCAGAAGCAGCUGCUCUCCUUAAGGCCGUCCGGUUUGCUGAGGAUAAAGGCUUUCAGGAGAUCAUCUUCGAAUCUGAUAAUCAGGUGUUAAUCUCCUCUAUCCAGCAAUCUUCAAAGCCUCUACCAUGGGAGGCCCAAUCCUUGAUUAUGACUAUCAGACAAUCUUGUAUUAGUAAUCCUGGGUUCAAGUUCAAUUUUGUUCCACGCUCAGGCAACCAGGUAGCUGACUGGGUUGCCCGGGCGUCAAUUACUGGACAAUGCCCCUCGUAUUGGGCACAUUGUCCUCCCAAUAUCCUACGUAAUCUGCUCUAUAGGGAUGUACAUAAACCUUAACUUAAUAUUACAUUACCCGAGUUAAAAAAAAAAUAAAAAUAAAAAAUAAAGGAACCUUUUUUUU